CAAAUCAGGUUUUGACCGCUAAACGCCAAGCGUGGAAUGCUGCACGCCGAACGGCAACUUGUGAAUGGGAAUUUGUGCACUUUGGAGUUUUUUGGGAAACCAAUAAAGACACUGUGUUCAAGGCAAGUUAAAACGAGUUGGACUUUCAUCCGUUAGUUCGGUUAUUAAGCGCGUCAAUUCCGUUUUUAUGGUUCCCGGUUGGAGGCUCUCAGUGGCUUAAAGUAUUGGCUUAGGCCCUUUAACACAAGUCAAAAACUGCUCUGAAAAGUUCAACAACGGCUGCUAGGACUUUGUUGUCGCGUUUUGCUGGUGAGGACGGGAGGACAAGGGAGGCAUGACGGUGGCGGAGGCUUGGAGGAGACACCUGAGCGGAUCAUCACCUGUUUACCUGCGUUCCUGGACCCAUCUGCGGGAGAAGAGGAGAGACGCCGGUGAGGACGCGGAGGAGCUUCACGGUAGCGGCUUGGAAUGAUCAGUCUUCUGAAAUAGGUAUGGACCAGUUUUUAAAUUCAGGCUAUAAGUUAAAUUACUUCCCAAAGAGCCUCAGCACAGCUCCGGCUCCGGUCAAACAUGGUGGUGCCAUCAGCAGUCACAGGGGAGCUGCACAGCGUGGAUAGCUUCAUACAUGAGGCCGCUGUGGUGAGUCGGUGGGUGCUGCUGUCAUUCUUCCAGCUACAAUGACCGGUCUGAUUGACGUCCCGCAGUUCUUGACCUGAUCCUGGCCGACUGGCGGAGGAUGCAACAGAGCAAAUGGCUGCUUGAAUACUCACUGAAACCGCAAGCCGACAGCCAAAUUACCUGGGAAGUGGUGACUGGAAAAAGCAGGUGACCACGAACAGUCAUGGGAUGUGGCGUCACAAAGUCCGACCAGUUCCACAAACACUCAGGAAAAGCCAUACGAGCUGCCGUCCUGAUCCAGCGAUGGUACCGUCAGUAUGUCGCCCGCACAGAGAUGAGACGGAGAUACACCUGGCACAUCUUCCAGUCCAUCGAGUACUCUGGAGAACAGGCCCAGAUAAAGCUCUAUAAUUUUCUCGGCUACCUCAUGGACAAUUUCACGCCAUCAAGCAAUGAACGAAAUUUGAUCUCGCACAUCUUCAGAGAGAACGAUAUUUGUCGGGACGCCGAGUGGGAGAGGUAUUUCUGCUACAAGAAAAUCGAGGUGCCAGAGAUUUACUCAGGACCUCAUCUCACCUUCCCUCUGACGGUGGAGCAGGCAGUCGGCCUGGUGGAGGCCUUCAGGAACAAGAAACAGCUGCACUCGCGCUACGCCCUCCAGCUCCUCCUGGAGACCUGGAAGCUGCUCCGCAUGUUGCCAAAUAUCAACCGCAUCUCCACCUGCCACAGCAAAGAAAUCACGAUUUGUGGUGAUUUGCAUGGACAGCUGGAAGACCUGCUGCUGAUCUUCUACAAGAACGGCAUGCCGUCCUUAGAGAAGCCCUAUGUGUUUAAUGGAGACUUUGUGGAUCGAGGCAAAGACUCCAUCGAGAUCCUUCUCAUCCUGUUUGCGUUUCUGCUCGUGUAUCCGAGCGAUGUUUACCUCAACAGAGGAAACCACGAGGACCACAUCGUCAACCUGAGGUACGGCUUCACUAAGGAGGUGUUGACUAAGUAUAAGAUGCACGGCAAACGGAUCCUGAAGCUGCUGCAGAAGAUUUUCAGCUGGUUGCCGUUAGCAACAGUGAUCGAUCAGAAGGUCCUGGUCCUGCAUGGAGGGAUCUCCGACAGCACAGACCUGAACCUCCUCGCCAGACUGGACAGACACAAUUACAUCUCAGCACUGAGGCCUCCGAAGAAGAGAAACCAGAGCUCAGCAUCGACGUCCAUGGACUCGGACCUGGACGAGGAUGUCUGGGGAGCCAACAGGAUCUUCCAGCGUCGAGCCUCCCUCACUUUCCCCAAACCUCUCGGGGCCCGCGACUGUUUCCACAACCGCUCGCUGCAGGACUUCUCAGACCGGAUCAAAGUGAACGUGGAGACGGAGCUGGAGAUCCGCAGGAGGAGGCGGUCUGCUUUCAACGCUGUGAUGAAGGAGCCAGAAACUGAAACGCCUACUUUAUCCUUCGACUCUGUCUACAGUGACAAUGCCAAAGAGGAAUGGAAACAGAUCCUGGACCUGCUGUGGAGCGACCCGAUGGCUCAGGAAGGCUGCGUCCCCAACGAGGUGCGAGGCGGAGGCUGCUACUGGGGCCCCGACAUCACCGAGGACUUCCUGAACAAACACAACCUGCAGCUCAUCAUCCGCUCGCACGAGUGUAAACAGGACGGUUAUGAGUUCUGCCACAACCGUAAGGUCCUCACUCUGUUCUCUGCCUCCAAUUACUACGAUGUGGGAAGCAACAGGGGGGCGUACGUGAAGCUGGGUCCCGACCUCGUGCCUUAUGUGGUCCAGUACCAGGCCAGCAGCAUGAUCAGAGAGCUCACCGUGAGGCAAAGUGUCGGCCGAACGGAGCGCUCAGCCCUCAAAGUCCUGCGGGAGCAGCUGUUUGCGCACAAGUCUGACCUCAUCUGUGCCUUCAAAAAGUUCGACAGCGAGAACACAGGUGUGGUGUCUCUGAACGACUGGGCCUCGGCAGUGGAGAGUGUGAUGCACCUGGACCUGCCCUGGAGGAUGCUUCGCUGUCAGCUCGUCACCCGCAAGACCAGCGAAGGCAUGAUAGAUUACUACGACUGGUUCAACGAGCUCGCCAUCAUCGGGCCUAACAGUGACAACAUUGAUCAGAGUCUGCUGGAAACGUUGUACCGCCACCGCUCCACUUUGGAGACCAUCUUCAGGAUCGUAGACACAGACAACUCAGGCUUCAUCACCAUGGAGGACUUCCGGCAGACGUGGAAGCUGCUGAGCGUCUACCUAAAGAUGGAGAUCACGGACGAGGCCAUCUCCGACCUGGCCGUCACCAUCGACAGCAACCAGGACGGCAGCAUCGACAUCGACGAGUUCAUGGAGGCUUUCCGGCUCACGGACAAGAAGAGCCGGCUGGAGCGAGGACGCAGCAUGUUCAUGGGCACGGCCACCGACCUCACCAAGCUGGAGGGAGAUCCCAACAUCUGACCAGACGGAGCGCAACGACCGAAAACAGGUUCCUGGCCAGGCGGCGGAGGGCAGGGGAGGGGAGGGGAUGGAGAUAGAGCCAACGCAAGCUGCUUCAAUGACGCACACGAAGACGCAGGACGCUGCUGAGCAACAGCCGUGUGGAUCAUAUGGGAUUAGGAGGAGUUUAAAGGUCAGGACGUUUGACAGCGAAUGUUCAUUUCACUUGGUGACACAGUUUCACUCACAGGGGGUGGGAGGGUGAAACAAGUGCUGGAACAAGGAAUGUGUCUCUUUUAUUUGGUUUUGAUAGUUAAAACUGUUAAAAACAAACACAGGACCAAAGGCGCACUAUAUUCAGACUGCAGCAUUAUUAUAAUUACAAUACUAGAUGUGUUUUUUUUACAGUUUAUGUCCACAACUGACCUUACUUUUACUAACAAAACAGAAAAGAAUGAAAGUAUGCCUGCAUGCUGGCUCCAGAUGGGAUUCAAUAGACAACAUGUUGGACAUAAACAUGUCAAAAAGACAAAAAAUUCAAAUCUCAAUCAAAAAUGCAUCACAGGGUGGCAGCACACAUGAAGGAAAAUGUUAAAUUUAUGAGAAAUGUUCCCCAAAAAGACUAUUAUUAUCAUAUUCAAACUGUAACAGGUACAACAGGUAUAAGGAUUUUUGCACUUUAUUGCCACUGUUGUUUUUAACAACAGAGAAGAUUUUGAGUCCUGUAAAUGUGUUGAAGUGGACGAUGUAUUGGUCCCAGUCGGGUUUUAAUCACAUCAGUAUGUUUUAAAAAUAGUCAACACAAGGGCAGUCAAACGCAUAAAGAUCUUAAAACGUUAAAAAAUUCAACAACAACAAGUGCACAGCUGAAACUCAGUCAAAUGUACAUCCUGGGUGGGAGUGUAUCAAAUACAUGAUAAGAUAUAACGAAAAUAUAUCAGAAACAUUUCAAAAACUGUCAGUUACACCAAAACGAACACUACAGAAUGCAAUGAAACCCCUACAUCAGAAAAUCUUCACUCAGUUUUUUUUUAUGUAGUGCAAAAUCAUAACUUAUGUUACCUUAAGGCACUUUAUUAUUACAGAGAAGCCCCAAAACUACCCCAUAAUCAAGAAUUUGACUCUUACUGACUAAUUUUGCUAUUGAUUAAUUGUCCUGUUUACACAGUUAUGGAAAAAUGUGAAAAUUUUCCAUCACAAAAAUAAGCAACAAUUGCCUGAUAGUAAAUACACAAAAAAAAGAAAAUGAAUAAAUAAGGAAAUAAAUAAAACAAUCAAAAUUUAUUGCGCUUAAAUGUAAAUUCUAUAUUUAAAAUAUUAAAAUAAUAGCACAUCUUUAAUAACAUGCAGGUUGGUAUAAGGCAUAAAGAUCCUCAAUGAAACUCUAUUAGUUUAAUUUAUAAAGGAUCAGUUUCUCAAAAUUUUAAUUAACAACACUCCAAAACUGAAAUGUAUUCAGUUUAUAGUGACGUAGAACUGUAAAAAGCAGUAGAUCCUUAUGAUUUGAAUGUGCAUCAAACAUUAAACUAAUCAUCACAUACUGAUAUUUAUUAGAUCACACUUACAAAGUCAACAUACAGUCAUUUUUCCUCUUCUUUCAGUGCAUGUGAUGCUUUUUUGAGACUGACAACUGUGUUUUGCCUCCUGUGUUGUUCUUAAAUCGCUCUUUGAGUGCAGUUUUUCAAUAACUUGUAUUUACACAUGAUGUUGGUACAGCUGCACUCCUUCUAAAGACUUCAUAGAUACCAGAAGCUACACUAAAAUGACAAUAUUUGAUAAAAUAGUGCGAUGGACUGACUAACUGCAGCUAAAUGUUGCUGGUGCCUUCACAGUCGACGCGUUUAAAGUAAAGUCCAGCCUGCCAACGAUGGGUUGCUCCUCAUUUUAGGAGGGAAACGAACCUUCACCUUAUCCAGAACGGAGAACUCAUGAGUUUAUUCAUUUGACCUCUAGGAUGUUUGUUUGAACCAAACUGCUGCUCUGAAAUCCAGAAUGUUUAAUGUAGUAUAGAGGAAUAGUUGAAGAGAUCUGGGAAAUAAGCUUGCUGUGUUAGCUUAGCUUAGCAUAAAGACUGGAAAUGGAGGGGAAACGGCUAGCAGGCUUAGUUUAAAGCUAAUAAAACCCGCUUACGAGCACGUUUCAAGCUCAAUUAUUCAUCUAUUAUAUCUUGUUUGUUUAUUCUGAAGGAAAAACAUAAGGAAAAAUGAGAAGUUGUGGGGAUAUUUGACUGUUCCCUGUAGGCUAACUAGUUCCUCUUGUUUCCAGUCUUUAUGCGAAGCUAAACUAACUACUACAACAACAAAAAAAGUGUAUUUCCCAAAACUUUACAUGCUGUAUUACAUGUUUUAGUUAAAUCUGGUAGACAAAGUUCCCACAUUGAUGCAUAUUAUUUAACACAACGACAGCAGAAUGUUUGUUUUUCUAGCAUGCCGACCAUGUGAAGUAUGUACGGUACUGUAAAUACAUCUCACAAUCCUAUUUGUAGCGUUUAUUUUAUGUCAGCCUUUGUGUUUAUGAAAUGCAAGAAGGCCUUUUGGAUAAAGUAUGACUAUGUCCCUCGAUAUUAUCAAUAUGUACUGUAGAUUUCUUCUCAAUUAGCCUCAGAGCAGCAUUGUAAAGAAAAUAAGGCAUUAGCAGAACAAGAUUUUAAAAAAUAAAUAAAUCUACCUAUUUUAUAUACAAAAAUUCAUUAAACUUGAAAAAAAAAAAAGACAAAAAUUUGUUUGUUUUAUUUGUCUAUAAUUUCCCAAGAGGUUUUCUGGACAUAAGCAGCUACAUAAAAUAAAUAAUUUACAGAUA